AACGGGUGACAUUCGAUUGAUUGUCAAAAGUUUUCCCAAAAAAAUAUUGAGAAUGGAUGAAAAAUCCGCCACAAGCAUUUGUCGAACAUGUUUAAAGGAAAACGGUGAAUUCACGUCCGUGUUCGAAACAAAGGAGACCUCAGGCACCAAUUUACAUUUGUCCGAAAUGCUCUCUGCAUGUCUAAACCUACAGAUAUCUUCCAUUGACGGUUUCCCAGAAGUCAUGUGUAAAGAAUGUGGGGAAUUUAUAGUUCAAAUGUAUAAGUUUAAAAUAAAAGUUGAGGAAACUGAUGUUAUACUGAAGCAAAGGGCUCAGGACCUAAAACAAUCACUGAAAGAUCUUUAUGCCAAUAGUGAAAUUAAAGUGGAGGAAAAAGUGUUCUCAAGUGUUGCUACUGGUGACAAUAUAUUUAUUGUUAAACCUGAAUAUGUUAUUGAAAAUGAGGACUCAUUUGAGGAGACAGUUAUUGAGGAAUUUCCGUAUGAGGAAGAAGUGUUAACAGAACAAAAAGAUAAUGAAAUAGUACAAGAAUAUGUGAUGAAUAUAAAUGAUAAAGAAGAUAAAGGUGCUGAGGUGUUUGAAUGUGAUAUAUGCUUUAGACAAUUUGCAAGAGAAAACAUCUUGUUGAACCAUAAAAUGGCCCACAAUAUUAAAAUAAAUGGUGAAGACCAAAAGGCAAAGCUGGAAAUUGCUGAAGAUGGCUCAGACACCAUAAUAAUUAAAACUCAGGAAAUGUUGUACACCUGCACUGAAUGUCACCUUAUAUUUUUGAAAAAGGAGGAGCUGGAAACUCACCUAGAAAAUCACCACAAGAAGAAAUUCCAGUGUGAGGUGUGCAAAAAACAAUUUACAAAAUCAUCCCAUCUAACUAGACAUUUGAAAAUUCACAGCAUUGAGAAGAAGUUUUCUUGUACAACAUGCAAUAAAUCAUUCAGCAGGCAGGAGCAGUUAAAUCAUCACAUGAGUGUUCAUUCUGGUGUCAAGCCUCAUGUGUGUGAAAUAUGUUUGAAAGGCUUCAAUCAAAUAUCAAACUUAAAGGACCACAUGAGAACACACAAUGGUGAGAAACCCUUUUUGUGUUCAAUUUGUGGCAAAGGCUUCAACCAAUUGGGCAACCUGAGGCAACAUACAAUCAGGCACAGUGGCAUAAAGGCUCACCUGUGCAGCACCUGUGGCAAUGGCUUUGCCAGCAAGGGAGAACUGUCUGCCCACCUAAGGAAACACACAGGUGCCAGACCGUUCGUUUGUCCCGUGUGCAACCACGGCUUUACCACCUCCAGUUCCCUGACCAAACACAAAAGAAUCCACUCAGGAGAAAAGCCCUAUGAGUGCGACAGGUGCAAGAUGAAAUUUUCUAGGUCUGGUAUAUUGGCGCGGCAUAAAAGGACCCACACUGGGGAGAAACCCUAUGUCUGCAACUUCUGUGGUAAGGCCUUCACCCAAUCCAACGACUUGACGUCGCACCUAAGGAUUCACACAGGGGAGAAACCGUUCAUCUGUGAUGCCUGUGGACAAGCAUUUAGACAGAGUUCGGCGUUGAAAACACACAAGAGGACGCAUGUGGACAAAACGGAAAUUUUGUCCACCAAAAUGCAAUCUUUUAUAGCUUUCUAGCAGGUUUAGUUAAAGCUGUCUCAGAGUAAGAAUUCUUAUAUAUUUUGUCAAAAGCAUACUCCAAAUUAUCUAUUACUAAACAUAUUUUUGUUCAAGUUACUCUAGUAAAGUUAAUGGGAUUGCCAGAAGUACCAAUUCACUGUCCUUAAUUGCGAACUUUAUUCCUUUUUACAGACUUUCGCAAUUUAUCAAUUAAUGUGUCAACAGAUUUGACUUUUUUUUUAAUAUUUUUAAUUAAUUGUGUGAAUGGCAUCACAAUAUAUUUUAACUUAGGGGAAGAAUUAAAAUGGGUAGUGCAUUAAUGAAUCAGAGAAUCAUAAAUAUUUUUCCAAUAGGUGAGUAAUUUCUCUUCCUUAAUGCACUAUUAACUGAAAUCAAAUCGAGUUAUGAGAAAAUUAAAUAUCUAAUUAUUAUACAGUUGACAUGUUACAUUUAUUUUUGGUAUAAAUAGAUUAGAUGAAUUGUAUAUGGACAAUCGAUUUUAAUAUUUUUAAAGUCAUAUUUUAUGUAUUUAUUACAGUGUACAUAUUUUACGAGUCGUUACCUGUAUCGUAAAAUUUUGUAAAUUAAUUGGAACCUACAUUAGAGGAAAUCAUAAAAUACCA